GUGUUGGAGAACCCGACAAACGUACUUGGAAGUCCACUCUGCCAGGAGUUUAACGGGGUUGGACUAGUAUAUCGUGAACUUGACUUACCGAGGACCCAGAAUGCAUUGCUCGGAUCUUCAGCCUCGAAACCAAGGUAUGCCCUUUAAACGAACAACGAUAAGCCAACGCUUCGAGUAUGACUUUGGUAUUCACUUAGAAAGCCCUUCGAUUGUGUUUGCUGAACUCUUGGUUGCAAGCUCAGAGAUUAACCGAGAGGGAUCCUGGACGUAGGACGAGGAGGUCUUAAAGUACAUUAUAUGUGUGACGGGCGCCAUGGUGAGAGGUGAUUGAGAGGAGGCUGGGAGAUCUGAGUAGACAUUACUUGGUUUUUAAGUAUGAUCAAUAGAAGCAGGCUGAGAACGGCCCGUUCGAGAUGCUUUUUUUUUGGUUAUUAUUGCAACCGCAAUGUCACGAUCAAGGCAGAUGACUUCCGGUCCCCGGACUAUCAUAUAUCAUAUACCGGACUAGUUGAUACCAAAUCAUCCAAUAAAAUAAUCUGUACGAAAAACAAAACCGUAUCCCAGCGCAAUAUCAUGGAUGAUAUCAUUUACCAAGCACUGGAAAAUGAGAUAGCAAUUGAUGAAGAAGAAUCUGCACUCGUUAUCGCAGCUGCUGUACUGGUGGGAACUGAGCAGACUCGACAAGAACGCAUCGACAGACGUCAACCACGACAACUAUACCUCUUGUACUCCUCGAAAGUAUCUCUUUAUAUGCCAGGAGUCCGUCGUCCAUCGGAGGUCGUCGUUCUGGGCUUGCAUGUCAAUAUAUUGCAACGCAAAGGGCCCUGAAAUGGUUGCUGUUCAACGAGAUGGAGCAAACACAGAAGGCACGUUGAAGAAUGAAAAUUUCUCGAGGGGACAUUUGCAUUGGACGCUAGUUGUCCGUCGUACGUUGACUAUCGAGACAGGAAUGCAGGGCUAUCCCUGCAGUGG